AUGCCUCUUGUCAAACACCUCUGUAUUUCGAGGCUUAGUGCCAUCGUCCGGAGACAUAAUCACGGCCUCAUAAUCAUAGAGACUGUAGCUGUAUUGCCCCUUAAGGUAGCCUUUGCCAUCCCCCCAGAAACCGGCAAAAUUUCCUUCUCAAGCUUUAAAGCAUCUUUUUCAAGCAAUGUCAACUACCUCAAGAGGAGCGUGCAAACCUCUUCAUCCUCGGCUCUUGAGGCCUUCGCCGGGAAUCCUCUCGUGAAGGAGAACCUGAGGAGAAACAGGUUCUCCUCCGGGGAUCUCUCUGCUGAGCUGGAUGACGAGGAGGCGACGCUUAGGAGACAAGAAGUUAUUACCCAACAGGCCGAGAGACAGCAAGGUGUCCCGAACUCUCAAGGACAGUCCCCGGUUCAGCCUCAGGCUCAGCCUCAGGCACAGCCUCAGGCACAGCCCCAGGCACAGCCUCAGGCACAGCCCCAGGCACAGCCCCAGGCACAGCCCAAGGCACAGCCCAAGGCACAGCCCCAGGCACAGCCUCAGGCAAAGCCUCAGGCACAGCCUCAGGCACAGCCAAAGGCGCAGCCCAGAGCUCAGUCUCAGCAGGUGAGCAGUAACAGCAGCAGCGUCGUCGCGGGCGGAGGAGGGGGAGGAGGAGGACCCCAGCAGGCCACCCAGGAGACCCCCGCCCCGGCCGCCCCCCCUUCCGGCAGCGGUGGGGGCGGGUUCAGCCUCAACUUCCCCCGGCCGGGAUCGAGGACCACCUCCGCCCCUUCCUCGCCCUCCAAGACCAGGGAGAGCUUUCUGCAGCGAGUGUCUUCCCUGACGGGUGCGGUACGAGGGGAAGUGACUGGACAGACAAAGCCCGCCUACAACAAAGACCGAUGCUUCACUCUUCUGGUUAUAGACGACCAGAACACAGAUUGGUCGAAGUAUUUCCGGGGAAAACGCAUCCACGGAGAUUGGGACAUCCGUGUGGAGCAGGCGGAAUUUCGGGAACUGAGUGUCACAGCGUCUUCUGAAGGAGGUGUCAACGUCUCCAUGGUCGUCUUCAGGAAUGGCGCUAAAGUAGUCAGAUCCUUCAAACCAGACUUCGUGUUGAUUCGUCAGAACUUAAAGGACGCCGGCGAGGACCACAAGAACAUCCUGCUGGCCCUCAAGUUCGGCGGCGUCCCCUCCAUUAACAGCAUCAACGCUAUUUACAACUUCCAGGAUAAGCCAUGGGUGUUUGCUCACCUGCUGGAGAUCCAAAACAGAAUGGGCAAGGACAAGUUCCCUCUCAUUGAACAGAACUAUUUCCCCAAUCACAAGGAGAUGCUCUCGGCCCCCCGGUACCCAUGCGUGUUCAAGGUCGGCCACGCCCACGGAGGCCUGGGCAAGGUGCGGGUGGAGAGCAACGCCGAUUUCCAAGACAUGGCGUCGGUCGUGGCCGUAGCGAACACCUACUGCACUACAGAGCCUUAUAUUGAUGCCAAGUUCGAUAUUCAUAUCCAGAAGGUCGGCGGAAUGUACAAGUGCUUCCAGAGAAAGUCCAUAUCUGGCAACUGGAAGACGAACACUGGAUCCGCGAUGCUGGAACAAGCGUCCAUGACAGAGCGGUACAAGGCCUGGGUGGAUGAGGUCUCCUCCCUCUUCGGCGGCCUGGACAUCUGCGCCAUCGAGGCCAUCGUGGACAAGAGCGGCAACGAACACAUUAUCGAGGUCAACGACUCUGCUCUGACGCUGAUGGGGGACUCACAGGAGGACGACAGGCGGUAUAUUGCGGAGCUCGUGGCGAUUAAGAUGCAGGACUUCUGCGAGGUUCAGGGCGUGACGCGACCAGGCCCCGCUGAGCUGACCAGGGGAUCUUCGCGGCAGUCCUUGAGCGGCACCAUGUCCUCCAGGGGCGGCUCUCCCACGGAGGACACUUCGAGGCUGAUCAUGAGCGAGACGCCCAUUCCCGGAGGCUCUCCCAGCCAGCAGCGCCGAGACUCUCAGGCUGGUUCUCCAACAGCCUCCCAGUCGAGCAGCAUCAGCGGGUUCAGCAGCGCCAGCGGAACGCGGCGGCAGGUGGACGAGGUGAGUCAGUCGUCGCAGCAGUCGGUGGGGCAGAAGCCGUCGCUGUUCGGCCGCCAGACAUCCGUCACGGCCAACGAGGCAGCGACCGGCGACGACACGGAAGACACCAUGAAGAACCUGCGCAAGACCUUCGCCGGGAUCUUCGGGGACAUGUAAGGCAGCGAGAGCCCGAGGCCGCGAGCGAUGGGCGACGGCGAGGGAGAGCGAGCAGCAAAGGAUCGGUGGAGGAGGAAGAGGAAGAGGAAAUACUCAUGAUGAUGAUGAUGAUGAUGAUAAUGAUAAGGUCCCAUUCAAUCACCGUUGGCUCAAAGUUAGGCCACGUUCUUUGUCAAUUUGCGCCACUUCCGCACUGCAGCCUGUUGUCGUGACUGUUUGUAAUGCAUUAUAGAGUUUAAAAAGGAAUAAUACUAACUUCUCAGUAAAGCUUCAUUCCAUAAUCGUUAGUUACGGUUAUAAUUUUGGUUUCUGUUUCAAAACAAGCGUAGAACCGGACGCGCCGUGAAGAGUCUGCAGCUGUGACGAUGCCAAAGGUGAAAGAGAACGUAGCUUUAGUGUCACUAGUCUUCAGCUAUUCUGCCUUAAAUAACUUAACUGAUGACAACUGAAUAAAAAAAACUCAUGUAGAUAUCCACGUGCCAUACCAUCAGAUACACAGUGAUCGUUUUCCACCUGCUCUAAAUCUCAAAAGAACAGCGAAUCCCGUCAAACAACGCGACCUCGUAAGGUUUUGUUCCCGCGGUCCCUGCCUCUCCUCCCCGCGGCACCCCCCGCCAUGUUCGAACGUGAAGGACCCUUUUUUAUCCCUCUGUGUUUUAUGCUAGGUCGGAGUCUCCUUAUUGGCUGUUAGGCAUUUGACCUCCUUUAAGCCUGUGUAUCAACCCCCCCUCUAUCUCCCUCUCGCCCUUCCAAGGCCCACCCACCCGCCCCCUGCAUCACCUGUUCUUCAAAGUGUCAACGAGUUCCCCGUAGAAUCGUGUUUCGAAGCCGCGCGCGCAUUUCUCCGCACUCUCUCUGACCUUUCUUGCCGCCGCCACAGAAAGCUGCAGAAUAACCAGACACAAAGUUAUAGCGAAAUGUUAUUAGAUUAUUAGGCUGCGCUUUAUAGAAGUCAUUAGUCCGAGUCACUUAAAACCCGGGUUACAACGGACGAGUCAAUUCGAUCCUGCGAGAAAGGGGAGAAUCCUAACAGUUAGUAUUGUUUGCCUUUCUUUGUUGGGCCGUGAACGAGUCUUUCCAACGAUUUUCUGAAGUCCAUAUGUUCGUAAAGUCAUCAUUAUGUAAAGCGCUCUUCGAUCUAACGUAAGACCGAGCAGUUCUCCAAGAUGUUGAAAAUCCUGAGUGCUGAUUGGUCGUAGAGUUACCGGUAUCAGCCAAUGAGCACUCGGGACGUGGUCACGUGGGUCAAACUGAUGCAUCUUGAGCUCGCACAUUAUUGAUGAUUAAACCAAUGUUGUUAGCAAUAUGCUCUGUGUUGUUUUAUCUUGUGGGUGGAACACUUCUGACUGUUUGUGCUGUGCGUGGACUUGAUGUGUUUGUCUCUUAUUGACUUUGUGAUUGUCUGUCUCAUAGGGUUUCCAUGGUCCAUAGAAACUAGAGAAACUGUAAGCUUUGUCAUCGGCCCCGAGCACCAAGCCGGUCCCUGUGGUCACGUGACGCGGGAUGACGUCACUCAGGCUCGGCGUCGAUGAUGGUGGACCAAUAUGACUGUUACCCAGUUUGGAGUAACGAAUGCCUUGGAAUAUCUAAUUCAUAAUUCUAUGUUGAACCUAAAUGUAGUAUUGAUUAACAUGAUUUUGAUAGCCUGUGUUUUCUCAUUUGAUUUUACAGGGUUGGGUCAUAUGUGUCUGUUGAAGAAAACGAGUAUGUUUUAGCCAAAGUUUCUAUCGAUGUGAAAGGCGCUUUGCAUGUCGAGCAUUACCAUAGUCUGGUAAGGCAAAUGCUGUUCUUGCGCCGCGCGACUGGUGUGUAAGUCCGACUAUAAUAUACAAUACAUACACGUGAUAUUGUAAGUCAUUCAUGGUAAACUGGCCAAUCCACGAAGACGACUUAGCCAUGGAUCUCGAAGACGCGGAACACCCAGUAGGAAAGCAAUAGCAGUAUACCAUAAACGCAAUUAUAAAGAAUGCAAUAACAUUCCACGAUGGCGAGGAAGCGAUUUCUUGUGAUUUCUCAAUGAUAAAAGUUACGUUAAAAAAUAGUAAUAACAGACCAUCAGCCAACAAUUUUCUGAACCGAGGGGAAAUAUGUCAAAUCUUUACUAGAAAGCGGAGGUUUGGCAUUUAGAAGUUACCGGUACGUCCCAAACUUCCUCAGAGUCAGUUUAUGAAUAGAUCGAUGAGGUCUGGCUUAAUGAGCAUCUAUUGUAUUGCUGAUUUGCCAGCUGAUUAGACCUUAGGCUCCUUCAGCAAGGUCAAUAUACACAUGACCUCGAAAGGACCGGCCAACUGACCCGUCAUGUCAAGCAAAAUACGUUGGGCAAAUGCGUGUUGUCCGAGUUCAUCACCGUUAACAUCUGCGUCUUCUAUUUCACUCGACAAAGUUCUUAUGUGAAUGAUUUGUACAGCACAAAGUGGAACAAUCUGCUAUUUUUUUGUGGAUUAUAAUGCAAAUGAUGUUAGUUUAAUUAUAUAAAAAAAAUGUAGUGUUGGAGUUGGUGUUUGUAUGCACUGUCAUUAUUGCAGUUUUGUGCCAGCAUUAAACAUUUUAUUAAUGUUUAAACAUUAUCAUUUAGUAGUGUAUUAACCUCAUUCCGUCAGCAAAUGACACAGUAACUUAACAACUUCGUCUUGAAAUUUGCUCUGAAGAAAAUGGGAUGAGGCUGUUAACUCUCAGCCAAGUAUCAUUUCUGAUGCAGUAAUUAUAAGAAAAUAGACCGAAAUUAGAUUGUUAGAAAUAUAAUGGUACGAACUAUAGCUGUUAACAUGGAAAAUAACAUGUUCUGUCGUUUUUUUUAAUAGAUUUAUUGAAGUGAAGAAUUUAGUGCAGCGUUUCUGAUUUUCUUAAAGUGGAUAUGUCAGAGAAGUUCCAAAAACAGACAGAAUUGAUCAGAACCAAAAAAACUUCUUACAUUGUUGAAUAAUGAGUUAGACGAAAUGUUCAAAUAUUAGUUAUCGUUCGUAGAUGUGUAGCUCUUACAUAUCAUUUAAGGAUAAGAAAAUAUGCAAAAUUGAAGAUUCCGUUAAUGACAGAAAAAAAAAUAUCUACGUACAUUCCUUUCGUUUUUUGAUAAGGUAAUGUAGCUUUUAAAUUGUUAAGUAAAAUGCAUUGUCUUGAGAUGUACUUUACUUUUUUGUUUAACUAUUUCGGUAGUUAUAGUAUGUUGAUCUUGUUUAUUAUAUAUAUAAAAGAUACGUACAUGUUAGUUUAUGAGAAACAAGAGUAAGAUUUUUCUUAUAGCUAAGUAAUAAAAGUGGUUUUGUUCAUG